AUGACAUGUUCGGAAUCUGAUGUCAGCUCAGAAUCCCAUUCAGAACCAAACACUGAGGGAUAUUUCAAAGAUAAGACCAAAUACAUCCCCCCAUGGACUGAGCCCUACAUUAUUGGAAUAGCAGGAAAUUCAGGUUCAGGAAAAACUUCCAUCUCUCAACAAAUCAUCCGUGAACUUAACCAGCCGUGGACAGUGUUGUUGUCGUUUGACAACUUUUAUCGGCCUUUGACCAAGGAACAAAGUGCUAAAGCGUUUGCUAAUGAAUGGGAUUUUGAUACGCCCGACUCACUUGAUUUGGAUGCCCUUUAUGACACCGUCAAGAAAUUGAAACAGGGAGAGAAAGCCAGGAUCCCGGUCUACUCGUUUGAACUACACGGAAGAACAGACAAGGUCACCACUAUUUAUGGGGCCAACGUCAUCAUCAUUGAAGGAUUAUAUGCAUUGUAUGACAAGAGAUUAUUAGAUCUCAUGGACAUAAAAAUAUAUGUUGACACCGACUUGGAUAUAUGCUUGGCACGGAGGUUAACUCGUGAUAUUCUUUACAGAGGAAGAGACCUUCAAGGAGCCAUGAAGCAAUGGGAAACGUUUGUCAAGCCCAAUGCUGUAAGGUAUCUUAAUCCUACGAUGAACAACGCAGAUUUGGUUAUUCCAAGAGGGUUGGAUAAUGUGGUGGCUAUUGACUUGAUGAUUGGACAUAUCAAGAAGCAGUUGGGACUAAAAUCUUUGGCACAUAUUCGGCAUUUGAAAGCGUUGGGACAAGAUAUCGAAUUUGAUAUCCACCGGUACCCUAAUCUCAAGGUUCUUCCUAUCAAUAAUCAGACAAUGGGAAUCAACUCAAUUCUUUUCAAUAAAAAUACGUUGAUGUCUGACUUCAUAUUUUACUUUGAUAGAAUGGCCACCUUGAUAAUUGAAGCCGCAUUGGAUCAACUUACCAACUACCAAUCGGUGGAUAUUCAAACGGAUCCAAACUUCCCACCAUUCAAAGGGUUGCAGCAACGAGACAACUUGAUUGCCGUGACGGUCAUCCGGUCCGGCGACUGUUUUGUCACAUCUCUCAAGAGAACGUUUCUUGAAAUUCCCAUUGGAAAAUUAUUGAUUCAGUCUGAUUCCUUAACUGGUGAGCCUCAGCUCCACCAAGAGAGAUUACCCAGAGGUAUCGAUAAUCUUAAAAAUAAGAAGAUUCUACUUUUUGAUGCCCAGAUAAUCAGCGGGGCGGCAGCAAUCAUGGCCAUACAAGUAUUAAUCGACCAUAAGAUUGGGGAAACGGACAUUAUAUUUUGCAGCUAUUUGUCUACAGAAAUCGGAUUGAGAAGAAUUUUGAGGGUGUUUCCCCGGGUGAAAAUAGUGGUGGGAAAAUUGAGCUCACUUGGAGACACCUCCAAAUUCCCCAAGUAUAAUCCUGAACAAUUCAUAGACAGCAACUGGCAUUUCAAAAAUCGGUUCAUUGACUCGUUAUAUUUUGGCGCCAAGUAGGAUUAAUAAGUACAUAUUAUUUUUGAAUUCAACCUCUUGAUCAGGUGACGGACACCAACGCGAAUGCAAACAGAAGAAAAGGAAAUAGACACCAACCCCAUCGUGAUUCUUGUGGAAAAGUCCCUAGUUGAUUAUGGACUUUGGUGUUUGAAAUUUCAACGCAACUGAGUUCCGCCGGUGGUGGUUCAAUCCAUGUAAAUCAAGGUAAUCUUGCUUUUUGUCGUCAGCGGGAAAAAUAGGUAUUUGUGGAUCAGGUGUGUCUAGAUCGCACACAGAAUACUGUCUCUCCGGCUGCGUAAGAUAUAGACCCGCCUGCCUGGAGUGCUUUUCCAUAUCGGAAAUGCUCACGGUUUUUCUUAUAGGUUUGGCACUUGAAUUGUCACCUUUGUCACUCUCGAGUAGGAAUGCUUCUAGAGGUCCUCUAGAUGAAGGUGAUGUAGAAGGUGAUAACUCACCGCUUGUAAAAUCCAGACCCACAGGAACGCUCUCUAUUGCUAGUUUGAAAGUCAUACUAUAAAAUUGAAAAGAAAAGUGCCGGGAAGGAGAGGCAUUAUAUAUCCAGGGAAAAAUAC